GCAUGAUCUUGUCUGUUGUCGCAUUCUGUACGACGACAAUGCAGAAGACAUCGAUGUAUUCCAAAGCGGCACCAUGGGCGAUGAGCAGGAAGCACACGACUUGAUUGAUGAGGAGUACUACAUGUUUUGCAACGAAGGAUCCGAUAACGACAUAUUGGAUGAUGACAAGGAAGCGAGCAUGUCUAGCGCUAAACCUAGCGAGAUUGAUCCAUUUGACACUGUCUACUCAAACAUUCCAGACAACACUCACAUCCUGAAAGUCGACAAAAAUUGCAAACACUGCAAGGCCAGAAAGUUUGAGUCUGAGACUGACGGCUUCUGCUGUCGCAAUGGCCAGAUCCAGCUUAAGCAACCGGAACCAAUCCCAGAGCUUAUGAGGCUAUGGUCCAGCAUGGAUGCAGAUUCUAGACAUUUUCGGGAGAACAUACGGUUCUUCAAUGGGCAUUUCGCCUUCACAACCCUUGGGGUCAGCCUUGAUGAAAACUACACUAACAUGAAGUCUGGGGUGUACACAUUCCGAGCACACGGCACCAUCUACCACAAUGUCCAUUCGUUUGGGCCUAGCUCCCGUCCAGAACAUUUGCAGUUGUACUUCUAUGACGACGACCCUAACCUAAAUCAUCGUAAGGCGCCCACCAAGCAAUUAGAUCAGGAUGUCGUGAAGAGGUUAGUAGACAUACUCAAAGAAAACCCAUACUCCCAGCAAUUUAGGAGUUUGGGUGCACACAAGGACAACCUCGAUGAUUAUAGGAUAGACCUAAACACCGAUAAGAGGCUUGACCAAAGAAGAUAUAAUAGACCGGUGACAUCUGAAGUCGCUGCAAUUUGGGUUGAGGGCACUGACCUAGCAAAAAGGUUUGACCGCAGGAUAACACUUUGUGGUAACAACAACGAAAGGCAUAGUUUACGUGUGACCUCAGGGGCAUAUGACCCGUUGUCUUAUCCAUUAUUCCAUCCAAUGGGGGAGCUAGGUUGGCAUCCAAAGCUACCCAAAUGUAAUGUUUCUUGGGAGGUUGUACAAAAUCCUCGUUUGUGUCAUGAUGACGAGGAUGAUGUAGAGGGGAAUAGCAGGUUAUGCGUCUCCGUUAGAGACUACUACUUUUACAUGCUGCAAACACGGCCUGCGAUCUUCAAUCCAAUACUUGUGGAGCACGCCUACUGCAGCAAUGGGCGGUUGACAUGUACAUCAAGAUUGAGAGCUGUCGGUUGA